CACCAAAUACACUUGAUGGGCGGCUCCCCAGACCCAGCCCUCCACGGAGCAACGGGUCCAAGGACGCUCGGUGAAUUACGAAGAACUAUAAUUCGGUCUUCCGGCGGCCGCCCCCUCGGCCCUUCGAAUACCGAGAGUUCUGGUUCCGACGGGGGCAGCCGGAGUCCGCAGAGUCCAGCCCGGGCACCCGACACCGCCCGGCCCGCAGCUACCCGAGCCUGCCCUGGACCCCGCGCCCGCGCGGCUGCGGGACCUGGGCGCGGCGCCACCGAAGGGGGAGCACAGGCUGGGCCUCUAGUGGGGCGGGGACGUGGGCGGGGCCUGGCUGGGGGCGGCCCGGGCAUUGGCUCCGCGGGCCAGGGGUGGGGCUUCAGGGGCCACGGACCUUGCUGUGAGUUCACCGCCGGGAUCGCCUCCCAGAACCGCGCCGUCCAGCUCCCGAGCUUUUGCCGACCGCGGGUCCGCCGCCUGCGCGCGUCCAGCUCUUCAGCCCCCCAGGGAGACCCUCGUGAGAACAAGACGGGAGAGCGCCGCUGUCUCCAAGAGUUCCACUUCGCUGCUGCUAAUUUUCCAGAGCACUUUCAACUCUUUUGGGGAGAAACCGAUUUUUGUUGUCUCAGCCUUCUGACUUCUUUCUUUUUCUCAUCCCUUGGGACAUCUUCGGUCACAUCCCACACAUCAGUUUUCGCCCUUCACCAAGGUUUUGGUGUCUGUGGCCAAGGCCGUGAGAGGACGCCGCGGUCCCCACUGUCCCCAGCGCCAAGAGCCGGGCCUGGGCGCUGAGGUCACGAUGUCCACC